AUGGAUACAGUACCAUUGGAUGAAGUUUCCACAUAUUUCUCACAUCCCGAGCAGAUGUUUCCGGAGAUCGAGGAUGACAAAGUUCCAACCGAACAAUUCCUUAGAGCCUGUCAAGGCAUUGCUGAUUUUGUAGGUUUUCUAGGAACAGCAUUUAUUCCAAUCAAAAAUGAUAUCAGCGGUAACAUUAUCAAGAUUAAAACAAAGUAUGAGAGUGGGAAAGACAAAUACAAGUAUAUCGAGGAUCUGGUUGAAGACGAUCUUAUUAAAAACAACGGAAAAAUGGGCAUAGCUACCGAAGGACUGUUAUGGUUGAAAAGAGGAUUAGAAUUCAUGCUUGAAUUUUUGUCGGAAAUGGUGCAGGUGUACCAAUCGUCGAUAGAUAAAGAAAAAACCGACAGUUUAACGGGUUCUAUUAAAAACGCUUAUAAUAAUACUCUCAAAAGACAUCACGGGUUCAUAUCAAAGCAAUUAUUUAAGGUCGUUAUUUUGGCAGCCCCAACUCGGAGUACCAUUUUGAAAGCACUUGCCGAAGGCGGGGAAGGUGUGGAUGAUAUAUGUAUUGAUCAUAUUGCAACACACCUCGAUAACUUCAGGACCAAUGUAACUCAUAUUGUUAAUUAUUAUAUCAUCAAAAAACUAGACACUCCGAAUCCACUGCUAAGAAAUUUAGUGACAUCCCAAGUUGACAGUUGA